AUGGCUGACAGUUCCUCAGUCAUUAAUCAUGAACAGAAAGAGAACACCACUCCUACUCCAUCAGAUUUAAAAUCUGAGCAACGGGUACUAGUUAGUGGUGACUCUCAUUCAGUUCAGAUCACCACAUUUCGACUCAAUGGGUCAAAUUACCUUAGGUGGUCUCAAUCAGUUCAGAUGUAUAUCCGUGGAAGAGGGAAGAUUGGAUAUCUCACUGGUGAGCAAAGCCAGCCUAACAUCACUGACCCACAAUAUCAUGUGUGGGAUACCAAAAAUUCCAUGGUGAUGACAUGGCUGGUGAACUCAAUGGAGGAGGAUAUCAGCAGUAACUACAUGUACUAUACCACAGCCAAAGAAUUGUGGGAUAGUGUCAAGGAGAUGUACUCUGAUCUUGGGAAUAAAUCCCAGAUUUAUGAACUUACUCUAAAAGCUAGAGAAAUUCAACAAGGGAGUGACAAUGUCACCAAAUAUUUUCACACAUUGAAGCGGGUGUGGCAGGAUCUUGACCACUUCAAUAACUACAAGUGGAAUUCAGUCGCUGAUGCCAAACACCACCAACAAACAGUGGAAGAAGGGAGGAUAUUCCAGUUUCUUGCAGGCCUCAACGUGGAGCUAGAUGAAGUUCGUGGCAGAAUUAUUGGAAAAGCAAUCCUACCCUCAAUUGGAGAAGUAUUUGCUGAAGUUAGAAGAGAGAAAACUCGUAGAGCUGUGAUGAUGGGAAAAUGCAAGACUGAACAGACCUCUUUGGAGUCUAAUGCACUUUUAGUGGCACCUGCUGCACUUAAAAGUUCAUCAAAUCAGAAGCACCCCUCCAAUCUUUGGUGUGACCACUGCAAUAAACCUCGUCACACCCGAGAAACCUGCUGGAAGAUUCAUGGAAAAUCAGCACAUUUUAAAGGCAGCAAACCUGGUCCCAAAAUACGCUCUACCCCAACUGCUCAUGAGGCUGAAAAAUCAUCAUUGAGUAAGGAACAGGUUGAGCAGCUCAUAAGGCUGUUAAAUUCCAGUUCUGUGUCUAGUACUCCUAGUGGUUCUUUGGCUCAAAUAGGACCGGACUUCGGGGAAGAUGAUUGGCAGUGCUAA